GUCCGACAAGCCAGACACGCGCCGCGCGCUGCCCCAGGACGCGAAUACAUCUAUCGGCAGCCACAUGAAUCUAAAAUAAGCCAUUGCCUAGCGGCGGCACCAUCCAAAGCGCGUGCAUGGCCGCCAGCUGAAUCGGUUCCAUUGCUGCCAUGGGUGCUCAGGAGUCGACGGAGGAGGCACCGGAAGGCGCGCUCGAGGAGGGGCAGUCACCGGGCGCAGCGAACGAAAGCAAAGAGGAGCUCACCACCCCAACGCGGUUCCGGCGCCGGUCGCGGUCCGAGCCGCCAGACCCGCGGGCAGCAGAAGCGCUCUCGCCGACCGCGAUCGACCUGCGGCUCGACGAGGCGCGGUCGCCGGCAAACGUCGACCCGCGGCUGAGGCCGCCGGCGCGCGUGCGCGCGAGCUCGACGUUAGCCCUAUUUCCGGAGGAGGCCUACGCGGAGAGCGUCUCGGCGGUGCUCUGCUCGAAAUUUGUGGUCGUCCAGGUCAUUUUGAACGUCGUCGCGUCCAUCGUCGGCCCCAUCGUCAUGUUUGGACUAUUAUUCGCAGUCCUGAAGCAGGGCCCCUACGACUCGGACGGGCCCGAGCUCGUGGGUGUUGGGUGGGGCUCUUUGAUCAUGUCGCCCCUGCUCAUUUUCAUGAUGAUGCCCGUGGCCAUGCCCGAGGCCGUGGAAGCGGGCUGGUUUAAACCGAUACGACUGGAGACGUGCGGAAGAUGGCGCAUAUUUCUGCCGUUUCUUGGUACUCACAGAUGUUGGCGCUGGGCGCCCGCGCGGCAUUUAUGUCUGGGCGGGCUGGUGGGUAUCGUGUACUUCCCCUCGCUGUUGCUGAUUGCUCAUUACGUGAUGGGUCCAACUCUCAGUACAAGGACGCUGAUCUGGUUCCUCGUGUGUUACACGGCCGCAUUGGCGCCGCCGGUCACGGCUCUGGGGUGUCUGGGCUACGCCGUCGAGCACAACCUCGCGCCGACCAUCGGCAUGAUGCGCCCGCACAAAAACCCCUGUAUUAGAACGCUGAAGCGGGCAGCGCGGGCGGUCGGCAUGUACCUCUGCCCGUGCUUCGACGAGCCCGCGCCCUCGCCGAAGCGGCGCGAACCCAUCCCCACGGGGCCGCAUCCGCACUCUGCGAUCCGCAUCCGGUCGCCGGCGCGGCCGAGCGAUAACAUUUAAUAGGUUUA